AUGAACUUAUCCUUUUGGAAUAUAAGAGGAUUAAACAAAUCCUCUAAGCAACGUUUGGUUAAACAUCAUUUGUUGCAAUAUCAUCUUUCGUUUCUUGCUCUUCUUGAAACUAAAGUCAAGGAUACAAAUUUGUCUAUUACUGCAAAGAAAAUUGAGAAAAACUGGCAGUGGCUAUCAAAUGUGGGUAAUUCAGGAAAAGCUAGGAUCCUUGUUAUGUGGGAUCCCUGUAUUUUGGAUGUUCAAGUUGUUAAAAUUUCAGAACAACAUAUCACUUGCUCAGUAAAAUCUGUUGAUGAAAAGAUUUGUGGCUUGAUCUCUGCCAUCUUCACCAAAAUUUGGGGAAUUCUCCUUGGCUACUAUGUGGAGGUUUUUAAUACAAUGAUUAACAAUGAAGAAAAACUAGGUGGGGUUGCUUUAACUACAGUUGAUACAAGUGAUUUUAACUCCUUCAUUGAAGAUUGUCAACUCAGUCAUCUGAAAACUCUGGGUUGUUUCUAUACUUGGAGCAAUAAACAGGAAUCUGGUUCAAGAAUUUGGUGUAGACUUGAAAGGGCUCUGGUAAAUGGCUCGUGGAUCAAUUUGUAUUACUCUAGCCAUGUUGAAUUUUUGCAGCCAGGUUUAUCUGACCAUUCUCCUGCUUUUGUUUCAAUCUAUGAUGAUUAUGUUCAAGGGAAAAAGCCUUUUAAGUUUUUUAAAAUGUUGACAAAGCACCCUAGCUUCAUUCCUAUAGUUUCUAAAACUUGGCAGACUACUGUUGAAGGAUACAAAAUGUAUUCAGUCAGCACUAAGCUCAAGUUGCUUAAGGGUAAUCUGAAGGAGUUAAAUAAGAAGCAUUUCUACAAUAUCACUGAACAAGUCCAAAGAGCCAGAGUAGCUCUAGAAGAAGUUCAGAGGAACCUCUAUGCUGAUCCUUUCAAUUCUUCACUCAUAAAUCAGGAAAAGGACUUUUUAUCAUCUUAUAAGAGAUUAUUAGACUGUGAACUAUCAUUUUAUCAACAAAAGGCUAGAAUAGCCUGGAGUUUACAAGGUGAUAGGGGUACCAGUUUUUUUCAUGCAAUCACAAAAAGCAACAAGCAUAACAAUAGAGUGAUGGUUCUGCAUAAUGCCAAUGGAGAUAGAAUCACUGAUGGUGAAGGGAUUGUAAAUGAAUUUGUCUCUUUUUAUAGGAAGCUUAUGGGGUCUGCUGUUGUUACUAUUCCCCCUGAUAUGGAUAUCAUAAACUUUGGUCCUAUUCUGAAUGCAGCUCAAGCCAGGGAGUUAUCUAGGCCAGUUACUAGGGAUGAAAUCAAAUCAGCCAUUUUCUCUAUGGCUGAAAAUAAAGCUCCAGGUCCGGAUGGGUACAAUGUUGCUUUUUUUAAAUCUGCAUGGGCUAUUAUUGGAGAGGAGAUCACUGUGGCUAUUGAGGAGUUCUUCAGUUCUGGAAAACUGCUGGGUAUGGUAAAUUCCACCUCUAUUACACUUAUUCCUAAGGUACAUUGUCGUAAAACUCCUUCAGAUUAUAGGCCCAUCUCUUGUUGUAAUUGUCUUUACAAGUUUAUCUCAAAAAUUAUCACCAAUAGAAUCAAGACUGUUAUGGGGUAUAUUGUAAAUGAUGCUCAAAGUGCAUUUGUAAGGGGUAGACAGAUCUCUAGCAAUAUCAAAUUGGCUCAUGAACUGGUGAAUAGCUACAACAGGAAACAUCUCUCUCCAAGGGUCAUGCUUAAUGUUGACAUUAGAAAGGCCUUUGACACCAUCAGCUGGUGUUUUCUGUCUGAUCUCCUUCAUGGUUUGGGGUUUCCACAGGGCAAACAUGGCUUAAGACAAGGAGACCCCCUUUCUCCUUAUCUGUUUAUUCUAGGAAUGGAGUAUCUUUCAAGGAAGUUGGGGAUGUUAAAGAAUGACAGACUCUUUAAGUUUCAUCCCAAGUGCAGUCAGCUUAAUAUUACUCACCUAAUAUUCGCAGAUGAUCUCCUCCUGUUUGUAAAGGGUGAUGUACAUUCAGUGCAUAAAUUGUUUCAAUGUGUAAAAGAGUUCAGUGCUGUAUCUGGACUUGAGGCAAAUCCAGAAAAAUGCUCUGUUUUCUUUGGUGGUAUAGAUGAAUCAGUCAAAUCUUCCAUUAACAGCUACUUGGGAUUCCCUGAAGGUGUUUUGCCAUUCAAGUAUCUGGGUGUUCCUCUCACAACUAAGAAAUUGUCUCACAUGGACUGUAAAUCCCUCCUCUCAAAGAUCUCAGGGCAAUUUCAGAAAUGGUUGAAUCAUGGCCAGUGUUCUCAAGGAAAUGGAUGGGUUAUGCAGGAGCUUCUUGUGGGGGAAAUCAGGUCAAAUUCUCAGAAUUCCUCUGGUUGCAUGGGAGAGAGUUUGCAUGGGGAGAAAGAAACUUCAGCACUGAAAUGCAUUUGGGAUAUUCAUAUCAAAAAGGAGUCUCUGUGGAUUAAAUGGAUUCAUGGUGUCUAUUUAAAACAUGAGGAUAUCUGGCAGGUCAAAGCAAGAUCUGGUGACUCUUGGUUGUGGAAACAAUUGUUAAAGGUGAGGGAUAAAGCUUUGGUUUUGUUUGGUGGAGUGGACAAUUUGAAAGGCCUAAUCAGUUCUUGUUGGAAGGGCUUCUCACACAGGACAGACUUCAUAGGAGAGGUGUCAUCAAUGAAAACACAUGUAUUCUCUGCUCUAGAGCAGCCAAUAGUCAAUUGGUAUGCUUACAGGUUGAAGGGAAGAGGGUUAAAGCAACAUCUCAAGAAAAUGGCUUUGAUUACCACUAUAUAUUUCAGUUGUAGAGAGCGGAAUUUGAGGCUAUUUCAGCAGAGGUCUAGAAGUGCUGAUGUUUUGGUUAGAGAUAUCAAAUUUGAUGUCCUCACAUCCAUUCUCAACACCCCUUCAAUUGCAAUUUUGAACACUGAGUAUCUGAUGUACAUAAACCUUUCAUACUUGGUUGAGUGGAGCACCUUCGUUGACCUCUUCAUUCUCCAAAAUGAAUUGGGCUUUAUCUUCAAGGAAACUGGACAUUUCUGGGCUUAUGAAAAAUUUGUCAUCACAGAUGGAGAGAACCACAAGCCUUUUCUUAACAGAGCUCCUGUUCAUCUUCUCCAGCGCUUCAACGGAGGAAAAGAUCCGUUCCCGAAUACUUCGUCUGUCUUCGUCUUCCUUGCCACGGUUGCCAUGGGCCUGAAGAAGAAAAUGGCUUCCAAAUCGAAGAUCGCCGAAGCUCAGGGUGCUUGUUCGGCUAGAACCCCCGGGGAUGAUCAAGUCCCCGCGCCUUCGUCGCCGACUUCUUCAACUAAUGGUAAGGUUGAACCAUUAGAAGUUGGUUCGACAAAUCUCUCAUCCCCAACCCUUGAUUGA